AUGGAGAAGUUCCUUGUCUUUCUGCUUAUCGCCCUCGUGGUGGUAGCCUAUGCGGUUCCUGACCCCCGGGGAAUCAUUAUCAGCCUGGAAGACGGAGAGCUCUGCCUGAACAGCUACCAGUGCAAGAGUCGGUGCUGUCACCAUUCCACCGGGCUGAGCCUGGCCCGCUGCGCGCCCAAGUCCAGCGAGAACAGCGAGUGCUCUGCCCAGUCACUCUAUGAGGUUUAUUACAAGUGUCCCUGUGAGCGGGGCCUGACCUGCGAAGUGGACAAGACCCUCAUGGGUUCCAUCACCAACACCAACUUUGGUAUCUGCCAUGAUGUUGGAAGCUCCAAGUAG